AUGGAGGCCGGCGUUCGUUGGGCCGGGCUCCUUUGCCUCCUCGUCCUCUCGCAGGUCCUGACUGCUGUUCACUCUCAGGAGGAAGAGGAGAUCCUGCAGGUGGAGGAGGAGCUGCAGGAGGAGGAUCAGCAGAUCGCGGAGACCUGGACCCCCAGGAACGUGCAAGCGUGCACGUGCGACUGUGAGGCCGUGCCGCCCGGCGGGCCCCCCGACGUCGUCGCCGCCGCCCCGCCGGCGCCGGAGCUGCCCGCGGGCCGCCAGUUGACUUGCAUGCCAGAGUGUCCGUACCACAGAGCUCUGGGCUUCGAGUCCGGCUCGGUGACCUCGGAGCAGAUCAGCUGCUCCCACCAGGACCAGUACAGCAGCUGGUACUCGUCCUGGGUCCCCAACAAGGCUCGACUCAACAACCAGGGCUUCGGGUGCGCGUGGCUGUCCAAGUACAACGACCUGCACCAAUGGCUGCAGAUCGACCUGCAGGAAGUGGGCGUGGUCUCGGGCAUCCUGACGCAGGGCCGCUGCGACACGGACGAGUGGAUCACCAAGUACAGCGUCCAGUACCGCACGGUGGAAACGCUCAACUGGGUCUACUACAAAGACCAGACGGGAAACAACAGAGUGUUCUACGGGAACUCGGACCGCUCGUCCACGGUUCAGAACCUCCUGCGCCCGCCCAUCGUGGCGCGCUACAUCCGCCUGCUGCCGCUGGGCUGGCACACCCGCAUCGCCGUCCGCAUGGAGCUGCUCAUAUGCGUGAGCAAAUGCGCGUGACGGACC